AUGAACAAAGGUAACGUCUUCAGAAUCGCGCCUAAUGCGCGAAUCAGAUGGGGGUGGAAUACAUUUAUCAUUUGUGGAAUAUCCGUCUACAUGAAUAGUAGUCUUCUCGCAGGACGGGACUCGAACAUAAACGCAAUACUAUGUAUCGAUUCAGGUCUCUUGGAGUCUGUAUCCAUUCCUCCUUCCAACGAGUCAUACAUAACUCUUGGCCAUGGCGCAUUCUCAUUGACCAUCUUGUAUGUCCUCUCAGUUAUUCGGCGAAACGCUUGCCAAGAAGGACGAGUGAUCCUGGUUCCUGGCAAGCCGCCAGAUCGACGGGUGGCAUUCAUUGGCAGCAUUGGCGGGUUUCUUAGACGGGCCCCGGGAUUUACCCAAGACCAGGGGGGCUCAAGGCUCACUGUCCAUGAUCGGCACAUUUCGAACAAGAACCCUCCCCUCCGAAGAAAACAUCAUGUCAGCAGCCGGGCUGUCGUCUCCGCUGAAAUUGCGAUCGUCAGGAGCUACUCAUGCGGCAUCAACAUCAUCGGUGCAAAGCGACAUAAACCAGUUUUGUUGGCCAGUACAUGCCUGCCUCCUGAACUCUGA